UUUUUAGCAGUCACACUCCAGCCGGCCAUAUUAGAGAGAUGGAAAUAAAGCUUCCUUAAUGUUGUUUGUGUCUUUGAAGCCCAGCGUGCAGUUUUGUUUAUUUUUUUUUUAGCAUUAACCACCCAUCCGAGUAGCCCUCGGGCCCCCUACCCGCCCUCUCCUGGCCCUUCCCCGACUCCCCCAGCUCGGAAAAUGCACACAGAUUCCGGGCUCCCUCGCCCAGCUUCCAGCCUCACCGGGCUCAGCCUCCUUUUCUCUUUGGUGCCCUUGGGGCGCAGCAUGGAAGUCACCGUCCCCACCGCCCUCAAUGUCCUCAACGGCUCCGACGCGCGCCUGGCCUGCACCUUCAACUCCUGCUACACCGUGAACCACAAGCAGUUCUCGCUCAACUGGACCUACCAGGAGUGUAGCAACUGCUCGGAGGAGAUGUUCCUCCAGUUCCGCAUGAAGAUCAUCAACCCCAAGCUGGAGCGCUUCCGGGACCGCGUGGAGUUCUCGGGGAACCCCAGCAAGUACGACGUGUCGGUGAUGCUGAGGAACGUGCAGUUGGAGGACGAGGGCGUCUACAGCUGCUACGUCAUGAACCCGCCCGACCGCCACCGCGGCCACGGCAGGAUCACGCUCAAGGUCCUCCUGGAAGAGCCCCCGGAGCGCGACUCCACGGUGGCCGUGAUAGUGGGCGCGUCCGUGGGGGGCUUCCUGGCCGUGGUCAUCCUGGUGCUGAUGGUGGUGAAGUGUGUGCGGAGAAAAAAGGAGCAGAAGCUGAGCACGGACGACCUGAAGACGGAGGAGGAGGGCAAGACCGACGGGGAGGCCAACGCGGAGGAGGGCGCCAAGUAGCGCCCACCUCGCACCCCGGCCCGCACCAAGCGCCCCUGCCCGCCCUCUCAGUGUGUGUCUCUCCACCCACCCCGGGACCCCCACCAGGGCCUCUCCUGACCUCUCCCGUCAUGACCCCCGCCCUGCGCCCAGGGCGACCCACCUCUCUCUCAUUUGGGAAACCUGCCUGGGGU